AUGCGCGCUUCCAUUGUGAUUCUCGGUUUCCUUGCUGCUCUCACUGUUGCGCUUCCCGAGGCGAUGCCCAAGGCUCUGACAGCGUGUCAAUCUGAAACCAUGUCUUGUACCGCUGACAACUGCGGUGUCGAGGGUUGUUGUUGUGAGGGACUGACCUGUUCUUCAAAUGGGACUUGCGCCCAGCUGUAA